AUAGACUUGGAUUGUUGAGUGUUAAUGAGUAUUUAGCAAAAAGAUUUGGUGUAGAAUAUAUGCGUUUGGCCGGAACCGUUGGAUUCCUUCUAACCACUACACCUUAUAUGGCAGUUGUUUUGUAUGGACCGGCACUCGCUCUCAGUUCAGUUACUCCUCUCUCUAUUCCAACAUCUAUUCUUGUGGUGGGAAUCAUAUGUACUUUCUAUACGUCAAUUGGAGGAAUUAAAGCAGUUAUUUGGACCGAUGUUUUACAAUGCAUUCUAAUGUUUUUGGGGGUUAUUAUGGUUAUUGUUCAAGGUAUAAUAGAAGUGGGAGGACUGACACAACUUUGGAAAAUUAAUGAGAGUGGGGGACGACUGAAAUUCUUUAACAUGAAGUUUGAUCUUUAUAAUCAUGAUAAUUUCUGGAAUGUAAUGACCGGUACAACUGUCACAUGGAGUGCCUGUUAUUGUGUGACACAAACACAGGUCCAGAGAUACUGUAGUAUGGGAUCACAUCAAAAGGCCAAACGAACAUUAUAUUGGAAUUUACCUGGGCUUAUAAUAUUAGCAAUAAUGGCAAUAUUAUGUGGAAUGGUCAUAUACGCCAAGUACCACGCAUGUGACCCUGUCACUUUAGGUCUCAUUGAAAGGCACGACCAAUUGAUGCCAUACUUUGUAAUGGACACACUCUCCAAAUAUCCAGGACUUCCCGGACUCUUCGUUGCCUGUGUUUUCAGCGGUUCACUCAGGAUAGUUAACCUAGCGAUUAGUAAGGGGCUGGUUUCCACAGAAACGGCUGGAGAGAGCUACCGACAAGGCGUGUCUAAGAGUUUCUCGCUUAUUCUCGCUUCAAUGCAUUGCCCACCUCUUCGUAUAUACAAUCUUAUGACAAUCCGGAUUAAAAUGUUGGGACGGAAGCAGUCUUUACGCGAAACUUCUUUCGCCCCCGAAGUUGAAGAAUGCAUUCGCGCGACAACUCUUUGGUGGCAAAGCGUUCAUAUGAGACGAUUCAUGAGAUUCUGUGCAUUCCUAUCACUGGUGUCGGUCUCUCUCAAUACCUCUUAUACGUUCAGUCGGCAUCCGGUCCUACUCUACAUCACAUUUAUAAUCGACAUAUUUGUGACACUUGUGUUCAGCGCUGAGUUUAUAUCAAAGAUACACUCGAGAGGACUGAAAGUCUAUUCGCACGACCGGUGGUCACAAUUUGAUGCAGUGAUGCUUUUCUGUCUAUACAUUUCACUUACUUUACACGUAUUUGAGAUAACGGGUCACGUGAAGCCAUUCUCGCCCACAUCCAUAUUGCGAGCGCCGCGACCACUAAUAAUGGUGCGAUUGGUUCGGGUCUUCCUUUCAUUCUCGAUGCCAAGGGCUCGCAUCACACAAAUAUUUCUGCGAUCAUCGCAACAGAUCUAUAACGUGACUCUAUUUUUCCUCUUUUUCCUAUCAUUGUUUGGUUUAUUAGGCGUUCAGUUCUUCUCCCGUUUAGACCAUCACUGUGUUAUGAAAGACAAUUACACCGAUACCCACAUGCCAUCAAUUCAACACUUAGCCAUUCCCGACACAUACUGUUCGCCAAUUGUGUCGCGCGGACAUCAAUGCCCUCCAAAAAUGAUUUGCGUUGAAAUCAGCAAUUCUAGCGGUUAUUCCGGUUUUGAUAACUUAGCGCACGCUUUGUUCACAGUAUAUCAGUCGGCCUCUCAAGAGGGCUGGAGUCACGUGAUGUAUGCGGCGAUGGACUCAUUGGAUGCAUUCCGGGCCGCCUUUUACUUCGUAACGCUCAUAUUCUUCUUGGCCUGGCUCGUCAAGAAUGUCUUCAUUGCCGUCAUUACCGAAACAUUUAAUGAGAUUCGCGUCCAGUUUCAGCAAAUGUGGGGCGAAAGGGCACAGAUCACCACCGAAGCCACGCCUUCAACACUCGUUGGUGAGACUCAAUGGCGUCUCAUUCAGUUAACUGACUCCGACACCCAGUCUCGGGCGCCACGUAUUAUCAAAGCGGUCAUCAGUACGGCUUCGUUUCAAAUAUUCAUUAUGAUUGUCAUCGUUGCCAAUGCUAUGGUUGGCGCCAGUGUUAAGUUUGAGCACUCGGGUCGACCGAGGGAUGAGUUUUACAAGACUUUAUACCCAUUAGAAGUUGGAUUCACUAUUUUGUUUGACGUAGAAGCUUUAGUGAAAGUGUGGUGUUAUGGCUAUCGUCCAUAUAUUCGUCGAUCUCUGCAUAAAUUAGAGCUAUUCUUAGCCAUCGGUUCAACCAUUCAUAUAAUUCCCAUCUUCUAUAUGAGCGGACCGUUAGUCUACUUCCAAGUGCUCAGAAUAUUUCGCUUAAUCAAAGCGUCGCCAGUUUUAGAAGACUUUGUCUACAAGAUCUUUGGUCCGGGAAAGAAAUUGGGAUCUCUUAUUAUAUUUACCAUGUGUUUACUUAUUGUCACGUCUUCUAUAUCUAUGCAAUUAUUCUGUUGUUUAGCCAAAUAUGAGUACAACAAGUUUCAAGCGUUUCCUGAA